AUGCUUAAAAAUUGCACCUAAACCAAAUUCACACGGAGGCUAAAAGCAGCCAACAUAACUAGUUUAUCACCUUUUUAUUCUGUAGCUUAGAAUAUUUAGCUGCCUUAUAUGUCCAGAGUACGAGGAAAAUUGAAACUAUAUUGAAAUUUGUAGUACUUAUUUGAGAAUUGCAACUAGAUUUUAAUUAUGUCAUGCAAUUGUGAGGAAGCAUUUCAUGGCAUCAAUGUCCAAAACAUGUUGUGAUUAAAUAAUUUUAAAAAGGGUACUGAGAUUUUUAUUUUUCUUUCUAUUUUUAUUACAAGUAGCCCUAUACAGAAAAGAGAUAAAAAAGCAUUUCAUGAUUUGGUAUGUAGGAAGAAAAAGCACUUCAUAUUAUUGCCAAUAUUUAGUGUGAAAAACUAUUAUAAAACAAGCAAUUCUAUUAAGUUUUAAAAUCUAAAUUUCUAGGAUUUGAAUAUAAAUAAGAGAAAACUGAAGACUUUCCAAAAAUUAUAAGACAACGUCGGAACAUCAUCUACCAACAUAUUUCUCUAUUUUUUAUGAAAUGAACAUAAUAGGUUUCUUGAAUUAAUUUUGUAGAAUUUCUCCAUAAUUAAAAAAUGUGGAUGUGACAAAAAUAAAACCACGUUUUUCCAAUAAUAUAUUUUGCAUGAGUAUAAGUACAUAAAUUGAAUUGAAUUUUCCAUAAAAUGAGUUAGUUCUCUAAUAGGUGGUUGCUGUAAGAGAGCUUUGAAGCAUGAAUUUGCUAAAAAUAUAAGUUAUGUUUCUUCUCAAAAUCUAAACUUGGUAAUACUUUUUGAAAGUGGGACAGUGCAGGUAGUUUAUAGCUUAUGAUGUUUUCAAUGCAUAGCUAUAAUUUCCCUGAAAGAUGUAGGCCUAAUGCUACUAUAAUAUCAUGACAUGCAAGUUAGAUCGAUAAGCAUUAGCCCAAGCUUUAUUCUACUGUAUGUUGAAGCCAAGCGCCAUUCUCUAUCCCUGAAUCCAGGGGUGUCACCAUGGAGAUAACUGGGUCUAGAUCCUGUAACCUGCCAAGCAUUUCCGAAUCAGUUGAGCUACAAUACAAUUCUAGUAAAAAGAGUUUCUGACUGAAUUCCAACUAAAAUUCACCUUUCUCUCUCGGAGACGUCAAAUUCUUAUAGCCUAAUAAGGGUUCUCAUUGAGUUAUAAAAUUAUAAUGAAGGGAAAAUCUCCAAAAUAAAUGGAUGACUGAAAUUAUAUUUUAGAAAAUCACAUUCAAUUCCAUAACUGCACCAAUAUGUAGGUAUUUGAACAAUGGUUGAGCAAUUGAACACAUUUGAAACACAUGUCAAGCUCAAAAUUGCGUCCUCAAAUGAGAUAUACAUGAACAAUCUCGUCACAAAAGACCUCAACGACAAAAAAGUGACAAAAUUCAAUUUCGAUGACAACAGACAAUAUCCCAAAGUUAUCAAGAGAACGAAUGGGCGAUCAGAAGUUGAAUCUCUUUUGAAGUAUUCUAUUGAAUUGGAGAAGGAGAGGAAACCUUCAUCCAUUGACUUCACAUCAAAAGUUGAAAAGAGAGAUACUAUAUUGAAGAAUACUAUGGAUUCAAAGGAUUUCAUCCAGGAGGCGUCAGAUUGUGGCAUCAAGAUUUCUCAUGAACAUGAGUGCGAUGAACUUUUGAGUGAUUGCGGUUUUCUUGAUGACGACCAUGAAGACAACUUUAUCACAAUCAACCCUUCGGGAUCUGUACUGGUUUCUUCACCAAAUCCAUACAACAAACUUGACAAGAUCACUGAGGCGAAUCUGGAGUUGACCAGGAAUUUACCCAUCAAGAGCUCCACCACCAGAGUUACAUUCAAUGACAACAUCAUCCUACUUGAGACGUCUGAAGAUUCAGAAUCGGAUGAUGAAGAUGACAAUUAUGAUGACUCGGAUGGGGAUGAAUCAACCACAUCAGUUGACUCCAAGUUAGUGACCACUUCAAACGAUUAUGCCAACGAAUAUCCAGAGGACAAUUUAAAAAUUGGAGAUAAAUCCGACGAGCCUGUCAACUGUAUCAGCUCUUUUGUAGAUGGAUCCUCAAUUGAGUCAGUUGACGGAAUUUUGGAUAAUAAUUCAAAUUCGAAUAAAAGUGUUCUUCUAGUUAAAGUCCCCAACUCUUCCAGUGAAAAUGAGAAAAAAAGUGCGGACAUUUCAUCAGAGUCGGAAAAUGAGGAUGUUUGUGUCGGUCACAUACAACAAAAAGGAUCUCCAUCAAUCAUAAACGAUUUUUCCGGUAUAGAAAACAUGAAAAAAGAUUAUUCGCUCAUGAACAAACAGGUGGAGAGUCCUGAUAAUGAAUUGACAACGAAAUCAAAGGAUAUAGCUUCAUUAGAAAAAAACUCGUUUGUAAUUGCCGAGAAAAUGAGUGUUGAAGGUGUAAGUCAGCAAGAAUUCAAUUCGCAUUUUGAUGAGGACUAUUUGAAAAUAUCUGAAACACAGGCAGGGAUUACAAUUAAGAUAACAUGUCCAGAUGGUACAGAUUUUUCAAAAGCUGAUGAUAUUAUUUGUAAAAGUGAUGAAGGAUAUGAAGAGAUGACAAAUAAUCACAAUACUACUUCAUUACCACCUUCUAAUGAUAGCAAGAAGGGUUCGGAAAAUGUUCGUGUGGAGACUAAGAAAAAAUUAGACUCUUCCAUGUCUGAUGUGAAAUUGAGAGAUUCUGAAAAUAAAACUAAUCGACCUGCUACUUUCUCAACAAGAGUGCGUCGAAGAAGUGUAGUACACAGAAAAAGUAUUACUGAAAAUGAUAAGAAUACACAACAGGAUGGAAGAAAGAGGGAUGUAGUGAAGAACGGUAAUGCGAAUAGUAUGAACGACAGUGAACUACUCGCAGAGAAAAUUUUUAUUUCACUGUGCCACAAUAGCAAAAGCAAUGACUCUGAGAAAAAUGAGCAUGAAUCAAGUCCGAAUAGGGUUUUGAAACAAAGGAACGGAUCACUAAGGAAAAGUGCAGUGUUGAAGCUGCAUUCAAAAUCUGCGGAUCAGCAGAGAAAAACGUCAAAUGUGGACGUAUGUUUCUGCAAGCAAGCGGAUAAGGAGAGGCCCAAGAGCUCGGUGGAUCGGAGGAAGUCGUCGGAGUGGGCCGUCGACAGUCGGCCUGUGACGGCGCCAGUGGUAGGGGUUGGAGCGGGGGUGCAGCGGAGGGGGUGUGGUUGCGCGGUCUGGGCCCAAGGCCGUCUCCCCGACUACAACGGACUCCAUUCUGAAUACGGGCUGUCAGCAGAACAACUGCAGCAACGCAAAAGGGAGAAAAUUGAACGGAAUAAAGCAAGAAAGCAAAUGAAAGAGGAAAAACGCGCUGAAGAAGAGAAAAAACGUAAAGAGAAUGAAGAAAGAUUUUCUGCGUGGCUGGAAAAGAAAAGAGAGCAGGAAAAAAUGAAAAUGAUACAAACACAACUUUACUAUUAUCAGCCAAACCGUUUAAAUUUGAAGAACUUAUGUGCACCUACAGCUCAUCUGAUAAACAUUGGAGCUUACCGAAAAAAGCAGAGCAGAAAAUUUGGCUGUAAAAAAUUCUCGGUGGACAAGUUUUUGACAAACAUUUCACCACAAGAAAAGAGAACUUAUCGAAUCUACUUGGGUCUUACACCUGAUUAGUUUAGCUUUUAUUAUACACAGGUUAAAAAGGUCGGUUAUCCCAAUAGUGCUAUAUACUGUGUGAUAGACUAUAGUGAGGUCCACUUUAUAAUGACAGUGUUUGAUUAGCAAUGGUAUUGCUAUCCUUGUCUAUCAUUCAACAAUGCGGAUAGCGCUAUUCUCGCUUUGCUUUGUUGCCAGAUCGUCUUUGAACAAUGUAGAAUUGAUCAAUUAUUUAAAAAAACAUCUUAAUUAUGGAAAAUCAUUAUAAAAUUAAUGAAAAAUAUAAUUUUUGCUCAAUAAAAUAUAAUUGAUUAUAUAAUGAACAUUUGAUAUUAAAUCAACAAACCUGUAUUAGCUACUGUCUAUAGAAGGCAUUGACAAGACAGAGGAUCGGCAACGUUUUUCUCCUGUCUUUCUCCACUGCCAUUAUAACGUGGACCUCACUAUAGUCUGUAUUGAGAUUGGUUUUGUAGCUGAUUUGUUAUAUUAUAGACAUGCCUUUGCCUUACGCUAGUCGUUUAUCACCUCCAUCCAUAAUCUGCAUUUAAUAGUAUUUACAAAAGCCUAGUAUUAAGAUCAGGUAGAACAAGAUUAUCCUUUGUCUACUGUUUUCUAAUAAUUGUAUUCUGUGUGUGAUUAAAUUUGGGUAUUGUUUUAAAAUAGAAAAAUGUUAAAAAAUGUUUUUAUUUUUAUGUAAUGUAAA